GCAAGUCCGCAUAAUGAGCUACAACAAGAGCGGCGAGUGGUGCGAGGCCCACACGCUCUCCGGCGGCGUGGGCUGGGUGCCCAGCAACUACGUCACGCCCGUCAACUCGCUCGAGAAGCACUCGUGGUACCACGGCCCCAUCUCGCGCAACGCCGCCGAGUACCUGCUCUCCUCCGGCAUCAACGGCAGCUUCCUCGUUCGCGAAUCCGAAUCUAGUCCAGGCCAAAGAAGCAUCUCCCUCCGCUACGAGGGCCGCGUUUACCACUACCGCAUCAACGAGGACAGCGACGGGAAGGUGUACGUAACAUCCGAGUCCAAGUUCGGCACGCUCGCCGAGCUGGUCCACCACCACUCGGUGCUGGGCGACGGGCUGAUCACCCAGCUGCUGUACCCGGCUCCGAAGCGGAACAAGCCCACUGUGUUCCCGCUCGCGCCGCCUGACGAAUGGGAGAUCGACCGCACCGACAUCGUCAUGAAACACAAACUCGGCGGCGGCCAGUACGGCGACGUUUACGAGGCCACCUGGAAGCGCUGCAACAUCACGUGCCCCCCGCCCAAGACCACCAAGAAGGGCGCGAAGGAAGCGAAGCCCACCACUGAGGAGCCCGGAUACGUGGUGGCGGUCAAGACGCUGAAAGACGACACGAUGGCGCUGAAGGACUUCCUCGAAGAAGCCGCCAUCAUGAAGGAGAUGCGCCACCCCAACUUGGUGCAGCUUCUCGGGGUGUGCACCCGCGAGCCUCCGUUCUACAUCAUUACGGAGUUCAUGUCGCGCGGCAAUCUGCUCGACUACCUGCGCUCGGCCGCCUCGGCCACUGCCCGCGAGCCAGCCCCCGAUGCCGUGGUGCUAAUGUAUAUGGCCACUCAGAUCGCCUCUGGAAUGAGCCACCUGGAGAGCCGCUCCUUCAUUCACCGAGACCUGGCCGCCCGCAACUGCCUCGUCGGCGAGAACCACCUCGUAAAAGUGGCUGACUUCGGCCUGGCGCGGCUGAUGCGUGACGACACCUAUACCGCGCACGCCGGCGCAAAGUUCCCAAUCAAGUGGACGGCCCCCGAAGGCCUGGCGUACAACACCUUCAGCACCAAGUCCGACGUCUGGGCCUUCGGGAUCCUGCUCUGGGAGAUCGCCACCUACGGCAUGUCGCCCUACCCCGGGGUGGACCUGGCUGACGUCUAUCAUAUGCUGGAGAAGGGCUACCGCAUGGAGUGCCCCCCCGGGUGCCCCCCGGCGGUCUACGACCUGAUGCACGGCUGCUGGCAGUGGAACCCCUCCGACCGUCCCACCUUCCACGAGAUCCACCACGCGUUGGAGCACAUGUUCCAGGACAACUCCAUCACCGAAGAGGUGGAGAAGCAGCUGCAAGUAGGUGGGGCCGCCGGCGGGAACGCCCAGAUGUCCUCCAAGAAGUUCGGCGGCGCCGGGCCCUCAGGGGCCGACCGCGGGGCCGGGACUUCAUCAGGGGCCGACCGUGGGGCCGGGACUUCCUCAGGGGCCGACCGCGGGGCCGGGACUUCCUCAGGGGCCGACCGCGGGGCCGGGACCUCCUCGGGGGCCGACCGCGGCGUGCAAAUGCGCCGCCCCACCAACCGCCGCGGCAAACAAGCGCCCACCCCGCCCAAGAGGACGAGCCUGCUCUCGUCGUGCAGCUCGUUCCGCGAGUCGCAGUACGCGACCGACGAGCACUCCGCGCAGGAGGAGUCGCUCGCUUCGCUCAACGGCGUGGCCCGCGCAGGCGGCAGCGGGGCCCGCGAGGCGUCGUCCGAGGGCUCGCUGGCGGAGGCCACGCCGGACACCGACGAGUCGGCGGGGCCCGCCGGCGAGCCGCGCCACCGUGCCAAGCGGCGCCACCACCACCAGCCGGCCCAGCACCACGCCGUGCCAGCUGAGCAGCCUAAGCAACAAGGCGUGCAAGUGGCCGCCCUAGAGGUGCAGAACGUGAAGCGCGCCAUCAACCGCUACGGCACGCUGCCCAAGGGCGCGCGAAUCGGCGCCUACCUGGAGUCGCUGCGGCAGUCGGCGCCGGCCGCGCCCGCCGACGACGCGCGGUCGCUGUCCCCGCGGGCGCAGCACAUGAUCCGCUCCAACUCGUCCGGCGGCGUGACCGCGCCCGCGCCCGCCUCACCACGCGCGCUACGCUCCUUCCACAGCCCCGCCAAGCCGCGGCCGCGCCUCGCCGAGCUCGAGUUCCCGCCGCCGCCGCCGGACCUGCCGCCGCCGCCGGAAGACCCGCAGCCGCCGCCGCCGCCGCCGCCGCCCGACUGCUGCCGCGACGCCGCCACCGACACAGACGAGAAACCCGCCCGCCAGACCAUGAAGGAGAUGCUCGAGCUCAAACUCGUCGCCGAAAUCAAGGAGCGCGCCGACAAGAAGCAGCGCCAGAAGGACUCGCCGCCGCCGCACGAACUACUCGAAAUGCAAACGUCCUUCGGGGACCCCGUCACGCGCCUCGUGUCCGAACUGUCCGAGAGCCUCAACCUCGAGGCGCUGCGCCGCGACAAGCCCGUCCGGCCCGUAGACAACGGCAAGGACACCGUGUCGCCCAUCGACCUGAAGGCGAGUCUCCGCAAGACUCCCUAUAACAACGUCGACAAGAAAGACGAGUCGAAGGGAACCGAUUUCAAGUCGCAGCUGAAGAAAGUUGACACGAAGAGGGUCAAUAAGGACGAGGAGGCUUGCUCGAUUAUUGAUUUCAAGGCGAGGCUGCGGAAGGUCGACAGUGGGACGAACGGGACCGCCAAGAACCAGGCGUCCCCGGAGGAGGCGCGGGAGGAGAGGAAGCGCUCUGAAAGUUCCCUGGAGGCGGCGGGCGGCGACGAGGAGGACAAACGCCGUAGCACCGGCAGCAUCAGCAGCCUCAAGAAGCUGUGGGAGAACAAGGAGACCGAGGAGAGGCUGAGCCCCAAGAUGAAGCCCAAGGGCGGCGACGACAGCUCGGAGACGUCGCCGGAGGAGCGGCGGCGCGCGCGCGACGAGCGGCCGGCCGUGCCCAGCAAGCCGGCCGUGCGGCACAAGCCCAAAGGCGGCAUCUACGCCACGCCGCUGGCAGCGCCCGCGCCCGACGAAGACGAUGUGCUGGCCUCGCUGCGAGCGUCGCUCGACUGGUGCACCAACGAGUCAUACGGCCGUGCGGCACAAGUCAAGGGCAGCAUCUACGCCACGCCCGACGAAGACGAUGUGCUGGCCUCGCUGCGGGCGUCGCUCGACUGGUGCACCAACGAG